AGGUCAUCUGUGUGUUCCGGUAUUGCAAGUAAACGGAGAUUGCUGUGGAAUAUAAGUGUUUAUAGAAAAUGUAUGUAACACUUCCACAUUUUUUAAAGGAGCCUUGUGUGAUUUAGCUCUUUGUAAUUUGUUCUGCACAGAGAGAGGCCACUGCCGUAUUUUUGUGUUUGUAUUUUAUUUCAUUUCCCUUAUUCCUCGCACUGGCGCAUCUUUUUAUUUAUCGUUUAUCCUGUUACUUUGCCACGUUACCUCUCAUACUGUUGAUGUUCAGUACAAGUCCAUAUGGCUGCCGUUUCACAAAAGUGAAGGUCAAAGGACAUUUUUGUUUAUUCAGUUGCCAUUGGCAAUAAAAACUGCACAUUAAUAACCCCAGUAAGUGUGUCCUGUAUGGCUAAGCAUUUCCCAGGCUACAUUUAAAGGACCUUGUAAUAAGAAUAAAAAAGAAUCUAAAUCUAAAGUCCCUGCCAAGCUUGUUUUUACAGUUUUUGCAAACAGCUGUGUUGUUGUUCAAAACUUUUUCCACACCAAAUGAGAUUUAAAUCUUGAUAAGGAAAAACGUUCAGAGACAGCCAUCCUCUCGAGCCUAUCUCUAAUCAACUUGUGGUUGGUAGCUUCACUGAAGUGUGAGAAACCCAGCAAAAGUCACAAGCAAACCAGUGCAGUAGUUCUCAGAUUGGUAUUUGUGUUCAGAGCUGUGUCCAGGAUCUUCACUUGUUCUAGUGCUUAAUUAUCAUUCUAACAUGAAGCAUUGAUUCUUGUUGGGUUUUUUAGUUCCCAUUUAUGGGUUUGUAAUUGUUGAGCUUUGGAUGCCCAUUACUUUACUGCACCAGCCCUAUUUUGGAGUCUUUGAGUAUGUUAUAGCUCCCUCAUGGUUUCCCUCAGUGUUCUUUCUGUCUCAUCUUCCUGCUUCCCCUCUGAUGUGGUUCAUUCAUGUUUCAUUCCUUGUUUCAUUUAUCUACGCUGUUAUUUUCUUGUUUAUUUUCUGAUAACUUCUUUCCUCUUGUGCUUUGUUCAAAGUUUUACUGGAGGUCUGUGCCCGUUCCUUAAUCACCGUUUGUGUGUACACCGUCCAUUGUUUUAUCCUGUUGGUUCUGUGUAUCUUUUCUGGUUUGCUCUCUAUAUUUUGCUGAAGUGUUUGACUUGUUUUGUUUUGUUUUUGGACCUUGGACUCAUCCUUCAGCUUAAUAAAAAGCUUUUUUUUCCUGCAUUGGAGUUCCUUAUUCUGUAACCUACAGCACACAGAAAUUACUUGUUUGGCUCAAUAUUUGAAACCUUAAACAAGCAUAAAUUGUGAACUUGUUGCACUACAUUAUGGAAGACCAUCAAACCACCAAAAAGUAAAUACAUUUAGGAAGAAUCAUUUUAUUUUUUUUAUUUUUUGACAAAGUUGAUUUUUAAAAAAAGGAAACUUGCACGUGCACUAAAGCGAAUAAAAAUGCAACCCUAAGUGACAUAAAACAAUGUCUCUUUAGGUUUUGUAUCACGGAAAAAAAAACUUUAAAGAACCGGAUAAUCUUCAGAGACUGAACAGUUUUAUUAGUACAAUGAAACUAAAUCAAAAGCACGUGCCCAAACCAAGAAGGCAAGAGGGGGGAAAAAAACCAAUGACGUAAAAAAAAAAAAAGACUUCCUGUGAUGUGAUUGAUAAGUUUAAACCUCAGCUCUCUGUCUCAUUCACCGUCUGAGACAUCAGUGGCACCACAGAGCUGAGAACGAUACCUGUGUUCAAAAAGACAUGAAGUGCUGGCAGCUCCUGUUUGGGCUUUGGUGCUACGGCAUCCUUGCAGUGACCAGCGGGAUCAAAGCUGAUGUACCGUCAUGGAUGUGUGUGACUGACUAUAUACACAACAUUACUUGUGUCUUCAACAACAUCACUGCUAUUCCAUUGGGAAAGAACAAAACGAACUACAGCCUAUAUUUCAAGGAGAACUCCGAACACAACCCUUCUUGUCCACUUGUGGUGAUGAAUCACAGUUACUACUGUGAAUGUCAACUCAACAAUAAGCUUUGGGCGGAUUAUAAUUCCUAUGAAAUUGACAUUUGUGAUGAAUCUCAAUGCAUCAAUUUAGAAAAUGAAUUUAUUUUAGCAGAUCACAUUCAGCUGAAACCUCCGCCUGAGCUUGUGUUCCAAGAAACAACAGAGACUCUCAACAUUACAUUUAAAAGUCGGUAUGAUAACCAUUUAUACCUUGGUGGUUACCUCAUGUAUGAAAUAUUACUUCAAACACCUGAAAGCAGUGAGAACAAAACUUUUACGGUUCCACCCCAAAAGAAGUUUGAAUCUAUUAAUCGGAAAUUGCACCUGAAAAAUAGUGAAUAUUGCAUUAAAGCAAGAUAUAGACCUCAAACAUAUAGUGAAACUUGGAGUGAAUGGAGUCAACCAACAUGCUGGGAAAACAAAGCAGAAGAAGAACCAGAAACUUUAUUAUUAUUAUUGGCCAAAUAUCUGUUCCCACUGUGUCUGGUUUUGGGAGCUCUGCUGUUUGUAUUCUACAGUCCAGCUGCAAGGAUGAAGAUAAAAACUCUGUCCCACACGCCAUCCCCGGCUCCUUUCUUUCAGCCUCUGUAUCAGCAACAUAAAGGUGAUCUCCAGGAAUGGCUUUCUUCGAAAGGUAAAAAUGUACUAAUGCACAAAGCCGAUGAGGGCAUGAUAAGUGAUAGAGUGGCUGUUGUGCCAGAACCCAACACGAAGGACCCAGAAGAGACCCAGACCUUCCUAAACCCUCCAGUGAUUCAGCUGGCAUUCCCUCAGUGCCAGACCUCCUACGUUGGUCUGCCUGGGAUGGAUAUGGCUCCUGCUCCUAUAGCUAUGGUCUGUCCAGCUAACACCUCUUAUACUCAGCUCCCCUGCUCCGUCUGGGAGAGUGGCAGGGAGGCAGAGAUUGCCUCCUCUCCACCUGAAGAUGUCCUGGAUAUCAGCUGUGUUGACUCUGGCUGCAGCUUUGAGGAUGUGACACAAAGCCCAGAGUGCAGUUUACCAAGCAGUCCUGUUGUUGAGACUCUAGCACCAUGUUACUGUAGUGAUUACUGCAUUCUUAACAAAACAGCUGAAGGUGUUGUUCCUGUUUUACUGUCUAAAGAGAGCAAUGUAAAAGUUUCAUCUGAUUCCCAGCAUGAGCGCGAGAGUUAAAGCAGGAAAUGGUUCUGUCAGUUUGUUUGGAGCCAAAGAAAUUCAUAAGAGUGGUGGCACUGACAGCCACGGCUGUAGACCACAUGGCAGGAGAGAUUCCAUGAAGUGGCUUGAAGCUGGCCAGUUCACUUGUUGCAAGUUGCUGUGUGUUCUUGAUAGCAGCGGGUUUGUGCUUGAACUUCAUACAACAUUUACAUCUGUUCAAAUGUAUGUGAUUAUCAUUUUUUAUGACAAAAACAUAAAAAACACCAUAUAACACAUAGAGUAGGCUUCUGCUUUGGCUGAUUUGCAUAUGUUAACACUUGACGCAUUCUGACUGCAGAAUGUUAAGACGUGAAUGUUUGUGAAUUCCACUAGAGCUUUGGAUGAUAUGAUUUUCUGUAGCUGUAUGGGGAAAGUGUUUUGUUCUGUUUUUUUCAAUUUAAUCUACCUUAUUUGCAAUAUGUUUAUACUUUGCAUUUAGCUUUUACUAAGAAAUCAACAAUAAAAGAGAUAAAGAUCCAUAUCUAUGCUUAAAUCAGUAACUUUGUUCUUGUUUUACUGACUUAUGAGAGAUGUGUUUGGAUCUUUCCUGGAUCAUUAUCCAUCUCCAAGUUGUUGUGCAGGUGAUGCAAAUAUUCAGUGGAAACGAUUGUUUUGAAAUUUUCCUAAGGGAACAAUAAAGUGUAACCUCAAUACGAAAGUUUUACUAUUUAUUUCUCCAGUCAACAUAACCAGUGCUGUUUUUGUGGGUCUUUUAGUCUAAAGCAGCUUUAAUUUUUAGCCUGCAGAUGACAGUCACCAUGGUGGACUGGGAUGCUUUGUAACAGCCAUGGAAAUUGCUUUUUCAUUUUAUUCAGCACACAUUGGUUUCUUUAACUGUCACUUCUAAGGUGAAGAAUGAUGUUAAAUGUGACAGAUUGAGAGGAUACUCUUUUCAUACACAUGCGUACAGCACACAGUGACAAAUUUCUCCAGUUUUUCGCACCAAAAUGAGAUCAUUCAGAACAACUUUCUAUUGAUUUUCAGUUAUUUCUACCAUUUAAUGGGAUAAGUGGCCCCAAAUAAUGCUAGCAAAAUUCCCACUCACAGCAUAACAGGGCCUCCAGAGUCCCUCAUAGUACUGAUAGAUUUCUCGUCUCUAAUUAGUAUGUAGCUUGGGCAGCAACACAUAUGUACCAAAAACGUCCUUCUAGAAACAAAUAAUAAUCGCACUUGCAGACCAUCUAGGGGCAGAAUUAUUAGUUUUAGUGUAUUUUAUGUUUGUUUUAACUUUUGUUUUUAAAUCACGUUUGUUUCAGUUAGUUUCCAGAGUGGAUUUUCUUGUUUCAGUUAAGUUAUUUGUUUGAGAAUAUUUAGUUUUAGUUAGUUCAGUUUAGUCUUCUUAAUCAUUACUGUAUGGAGAAUAUAUGUCAGAGGUAAGAUUUAGGAAAAUCUGUAGCUAUUACAAUAAAGAAAAGUCUAACUUUUGAAAUCAAGUGAAGGUAGUUUUAGUGUUUUA